GUAUUUUUAAAAAUAUAAAAAGAUUUUUUUUUUUUUUUUGAUUUUUAAUAUUAAUAUACAAUUUAAAAAAAAAAAAAAUGAAAACUAAUAAAAUAAUUAAAAAAAUUGCGCAAUAUGAAUAUUACAAAAAGAAAAUGAAAAAUAAAGAUUUAAAAAAAAAAAAAAUUCAAAAAAACAACAACAACAACAACAACGAUGUUUUAUCCAAGUUUUUAAACGAAAAAAAUAUUCAAACACUCCAUGAUGAUUUUACAAAUAAUAAUAAUAUCUCAAAUAAUAAUAAUAAUAAUAAUAACUAUUAUCAAACAAAUGAAUUUUUAACGAACAAUACCCAAAACGACUGUUUUAACUUUGAUAUUUAUAAUAUCACUGGCCAGAGUACAUCUAUAGAUCAUUUCGAUUUCGAAAAAUUAUAUUCUUCUUUUAUUAAUAAUAAUAAUAAUAAAAUACAAUACAAUAUUUAAAAAUUAAAAUUUUUCUUUAUUUUUUUCUUUAUUUUUUUUCUUUAUAAUCCCAAUUCCAUAAAAUAUUAUUAGCUUUAUGAUUUCUUUUUAUCUUAAAAUAAAAAAACUGUUGAUAUAAAAAUCCACAAAUACUUAAUAGAUUUAUAAUGACCAAAUCUAAUAAAGUUUUUUUAAAAGUUAUUUGAUGUGCUAAUAUUAAAAAUAAAAUAUUUGAUGAAACUAGUAUGAAGUAUGGAAUAAGAAAGAGAGUAAAAGCUUUUUUAAAAAAACUUAGUAAAAUUAAAGAAAUUAAUAAAAAUAUUAAAAUUGAUAAAACUAAGAAAAAGAAAAUUAAUCUGUUAUUUUUGCCGAUGACAAAAGAACUGAUGAACCCUAAAAAAAAUUUAAUAAAAAAAACUAUGAAAUUUUUUAUGUUAUUAUAGGUUCUUUUUUUUAAAAAAUAAAAAAUAAGUAUACUAAAUAAUAACAAAACAACUAAACCAAAAAUAUAUUUUAAAAUAUUAUUUAAAAAAACAAAUAAAAAGCCAAGGAAAAAAAAAGAAAAAAUAGUAAUUAAUUCCAAACUAUGUUUCUGGACCAAUUGUUUGUUUUCUCUAAAAAAAAAAAAAAAAAAAUAUUAAUUUUAGAUAUUUUUUUUAAUGAUAAUAUUGUUAAAAUAAUACAUUUCAUGAUUAUUUAGAAUCACAUCUCCUAUAACUCCCAUUU